GAGAGAGAAAGAAAGAGGCAGACUGAGUGUACGCAGAUGACCGAGGGAGUGUUACUGCCGGUAACUCAGGCACGCAGGAACCGCACCAUCAAUCUCAGAAGGGGGCUCGCACGUCGGUUCACGACAACAACUACAUCAGAUCGACUGCGAACUUCACCCGUAUCCAGAUAAACUUUAGAAAAUGUUUUACUUUCAUUGUCCGCCUCAGCUGGAUGGGGAAUGCUGUAGGACAAAUACUAUAAACAGCGGCUCCUUCGGAGGCCACGCAGCCGGUGACUUCGAUGACGGAUUUCUCAGAAGGAAACAACGCAGAAACAGGACUACGUUCACUUUACAACAGCUAGAAGCCCUCGAAGCGGUUUUCGCCCAAACGCAUUACCCCGACGUCUUCACGAGAGAAGAGCUGGCAAUGAAAAUCAACCUCACCGAAGCCCGUGUCCAGGUAUGGUUUCAAAACCGAAGGGCCAAAUGGAGGAAGACGGAGAGAGGAACGUCCGAGCAGGAAGGGGGCAAGGAACAGACGCGCGAAGGGACUUCUCCCGUGAGGAACCUCAAUUCUCCGUCCCCCGCUGACCAGAGCCGUAACAAGAAGGAUCAACUAGAAAUUCAGCAAAGUCUGAACAGAACGGUCGGACCAGGUGGCCCAUUUUUCCCGUCCUGUCUGCCCGGGACCCUCCUCAACACGGCCACUUACGCCCAGGCCUUAUCCACAGUCGCGUCUCUAAAAGGAGGUCCCCUCUGCUCCUGCUGUGUUCCCGAUCCUAUGGGCCUGUCAUUUUUGCCCCCUUAUGGUUGUCAGAGCAACCGGACGGCUAGUGUGGCAGCGUUGCGCAUGAAGGCGAGGGAACACUCCGAGGCUGUGCUGCAGUCGGCUAACCUGCUAGGGGCGAGCCAAAGCGCAGGUGUGGGUCCGGCAGCAGGUGUGGCCGUGGGCGUAAGCAGGAGCAGCCCUGGACCCAUCACAAGCAAAGCCCCAAGUCAGGCGAGCUCCCAAGAUAAGCCGGCGCCCGGAGGCAAGGACCCACUUGAGAAGAAGUGCAGCUUGUGUGCUGUACAGCAACUGAAAUUACACACAGUGUUCAUGGUCAAUUCACCGCUGUCAGGGUCUCUCUGAGCCAGCACCGAUGCCAUGCAGCAAUCAGAGAUGCCAGUGC